UUUUGACAGAUGUCUGAUGUAAACAAAGGGCGCACGCAUCUAUUUAUGAACAAACAUGCUGAACUGAUCGUGGGCUCAUGUUAUGAAUACUGCUGACAGAUUGAGAUGCGGGCUCGUAGGAAGAAGUUUGUGAAGAUUUGAAGAAGAACGAAAGAAGAAUGUAUUGAAAAACUGGGUGGAUUCACUACUGRUUGCCGCUAAAUAACAAGAUACUAGACCUAAAGGAGUUUAAUAUUCGGUAAUUGAUGGCUGAGGAAUUUCACCAGAAUGCCCUUGCACUCAAGGAGGAAGGUAAUGAUUACUUUAAGAAAGGUGAUUAUGAAGCAGCAUUAGUGAAUUACACCAAAGCACUGAAUUUGUACUCAUCUGGCGACAAAGAUAAAGAAAGACUGCAAGAUAAAGCAACAGUAUUGAAAAACAGGGCAGCUUGUCACUUGAAACUGGAAAAUUAUGAAGAUACAGUAGAAGAUUGUACAAAUGCGUUAGAAGUAUUAGUAAAUGAUUCGAAGGCCUUGUACAGAAGGUGUCAAGCACUAGAGCAUCUUGGCAGAUUAGAAGAAGCAUUUAAAGACAUUCACACUCUGACAAGGAUUGAGCGUAAGAACUCAUCUUUUCAAGUAGUGUUAAGAAGACUUGGUUCACAGUUGCAAGCUAAGUCUGAAAAAGUGAGAACCACAGAUGGUUUGGUGAGUGAGAUGUUUACAUCAUUAUUUGGAGACAAAGAUACAGAAGAAAGAAAAAAGAAGGCGUUGAAGAAUUUAGUAAUCCUGUCCAAGGAAGAAGCUGGUGCACAAAAGAUCUUUCAAGGAGGAGAGGGAGUCAAGCAGAUUAUCAGCUUAUUGAAUACCAACUCAGAAGAACAGAUUGUGGCUGGAUUAUUAGUGUUGAAGGGACUUUGUACAAAGUCUUCCUCAAGGGCCUCUGCCGUAUUACAUCAAGUGACCAUGGAAAAAUGUUCUGCAUUUUUGGAGUCACCAUCGGCAGAUGUAUGUAAAGCAACUGUUGCUGUUCUACAUGCAGCACUAGAUUCACUCUCAGACAUGCCUACCUUGACUGAUGAUUUAAAGCAAUGGUAUAACACCAAAGGAUACAGCCCUCCACUGCCCUUUAAACUAGUGAAUGAAGAUGAAAAUAAGGCCAUUGUCAGUCAUUUGUUGCUGGCAAUCAGAAAUGAAAAGGUGACAGCAGUUUGUCGUGAUGAAUGUAUUGAUGCCUUCGUUAAAACCUUUCCAAAGAACAAACUGCUAGUUUUGAUGUUUAUGGAGAUGAAAGGGCUAGCACUUGUGUUGGAGGUUGCUGCUAUGGCAGCCCCUCUUCUAUCAGAAGAUAAGAGAACCCUUCAAGUGUCUGAAAACACCAGAAUGCACAUUUCAGUCUUGUUAGCCUCUACCUGGGACUCAUUAGG